CCCUGAAAUAAUGCCUAUUGUGUUUAGGAGAGGUAACUUCGGCCUGCUUACGCGCUAUGUAGGCAAGUACCUAGAGAAGUAUCCUCGCCGGUCAUCUGCUCCCAUGUAGGUACCUACAAAACAGCGAGGGAGGUACCUACAUACCUAACAUGAAUAUAUGUCCUUAGACCAUACGAGCAUCCUACAGGGUCCAGCUCAGCGCUCUCUCUUCACUCUCUCUCUUCUUCGCCUCUCUCGUUUCCCUCUCCACAUCCUCCGGGGCGAACCCACCAACCCACCACCAACACGAAUCCCGUCUGCAGCAACGAUACAUAAGAAGGCGGAUAGCUAACCAGCUCCAAAUCCUGCCCUCGCCACACUCCUCACCUGCCCCCUGAUAAAAUAUCUAAUAACCUUAUCGACCUCCGCCGACGAUGCCGAUGCCACCAUGUCGCUCUACCAGGCCAACCCGCCCGUGACACGCACGCGAUCGCUCCGUGCUCCCUCCAAGUCGUCCUUGACCGCCCCUCCACUCGCCCUCUCUGCCGCGGCGGCGGCCCAGAUCCCCUGCUCGACCUCCAAUCUCGCCCUGUUCUUGACGAACCUCCGUCUGCUUGACCUCGACCUCGAGCCCGACUGGCCCGGUAUAACCCCCGCUACCUUCUCCGCGAAGGACGCCGCCGGCGGCCAGAGGAAGCGCAUCCAGUCCGUCGAGUGGGCCUUGUAUCAGUUAUUUACUCUGUGGGAUUACAACGAGACCCAAAACAAACUCCGUCCCUUCUUCCCGCCCCUCGACCAGGUCCAAUCCGUCAACCUGCGCUCCGCUCUCGUCCGCAGCCUCGAACAGGCCAAGAAAAAUGGCGUCCUCGGCCGAGAUGCCAUCGUACGGAAGACUAUGCUGGACGAAUGCAAGGGUGAACGUCUCGAAGAAGUCCUCGCCGUAUUCUCCUCUGCCGUGUUGAAGAAGCUGGUGGCCGAACGGGCCCUUAACUCGGGCCCCGAGUACCGCCCUACCAUCUCCGAGAGGCUGUCCCUAGAAAACUGGGGCUACUCAGGCGACCGGACUCAGCUCAACGCCCUGUUGCUUGCCCACAAGGUCUCCCUAACUUGUUCUCUCAGGAGAAAGGACGCCGCACGCGCAAAAUACCGCGAGUUUGAAGAUCUCCUGGCCUCCAAGGAGCGGGCCAUUGCCCAGCGGAGAGAACAGAUCAAGGCCGGGGUGGGACGAGACGUGACCGAGGCCUCGGAAAAGACCAAGAACGAGGUGCAGAGGAUAAUCAAGUCUAAUUGGACGGGUAACGACCAAUGGAUCGACAGUCUCUUGUUUAACGACACGCAGCCGCGAAAAGGCGGGCUCUUUGGCAGUAAUUUUGACGACGUCUGGGCCGGCGUCGAGGAAGGGAAGAUUACCGACCUCGAGGAAGAGAACGCCGGCCUCUUGGAGCAGCUCGAAUACCGAGUCCGCGCACAAAAAGCGAGACUAGAAAAAUGGGAUAACUUUCGGAAGAGGAUGUUUGGCAGCACCCCGUCGAAGCCAGAUAAAGAAGCGGACAAGAAGAAGGCCAAGCCGAGAGAGGCUGUCUUGGACUUCGCUGCCCAUCAACAGCUAGGCCUCAGUCAGAUGGAUACACUGAGCCCGAAGGACCGCCUUCCUAUUCCUGCGCCGCCUCCGGAGUAUGCUGAAAUCUUACGGAACAUGCAAGCUGAAUUAGAAGCUAUCGGGAAACCAAAAAUGUCUAAUUUUUCAAACAUACUGGGUGCCUCCAAGAGGGCAUCUAGGGUAGCUGUCUCCUCGUCGCUCGAGGUCCACCAGCCGCCUGCCGAGCCGAUCUCUGACCUCAGCGAGUGGGAAGACGAACCGGCGGAGGAGGAACUCCCAAUUGCGAAGCCAGCGAAGCCUCUGGUCGAGAAUCGUAAUCGCCUUGCGCCGCCGAAGUCUGGGCUGGAAAGCAGAGGAAGGGUACCCAGGAAAGCAUAUAACAAGGUUGCAGAACCGGCUGUUGAGAAUAGGGGACCAAUUUCGAAAGUUUCCACCAAACUAGAAGUCCCGGAACCGGCACCUGUGCCUGUAUCGCGAGUCGACACAACGCCCCUAGGCCAUAAGCCGGAGUCAGGCCAACCGGACGCUAGAACUCAGGCUUCGGCCUCUUAUAAUACGGCCCGAAGCGAUGUCUCACGUACCCAAUUGCCGCACCCGAGAAAAGUGGCCGACCCGAUGCCGUCGCCCGAACGCCCGGUUUCCCCGACUCAGGCCAUGGCCGACGAGAUACUGGCGUCGAUGUCGAACGCGUCACCGUCGCCGACGAAGAAGCCGCGCUACGCUUUGUCGCUGGCCGAAAGGACGCGCAUGUCCAUGUCGCGAACGAUAUCCCACGAGAACGAGGAGGACGCGGUCCUACCGCCCGAAACCCCGGCGAAACCUAGCCACGCGCCGAGUCACGCGCCGACCCCGCUGGACAACCUGCCGGAGCGAGGCGAAGAAUACGAGGACCUGGUGGCGCGGACGCGGAAGUCGAUGGCGGGGUUCGAGGCGGCGCGGCAGAAGGCGCAGCUGGAGCGGCAGCGGUCCGAGAAGAGGAGCAAGAUGCCGCAGAGGAAGGAGGCCGGCUUCCCGCGGACCGAGGAGGGCGUCGGCGACGCGUCGAUCGUCGAGGAGCUCCUGGAGGCGGGCGAGGAGGACUACGAGGCCGUGUUCAAGAGCCGGCCGCGCCUCCUGAUGAGCCCCCUGCCCAGCCCGAGCAAGAGGUGGGACGAGGACGGGGACGGGGACGACUGAGUGAGUGUUAGGGGUGUACGGGUUGGAAGAAGGCCUCUUUUCCCUUGUGCUGAUUAUAUAUAUGUGUGUGUAUGUAUAUACGCGUGUAUGGGCGUGCGUGUAUCACUGACGACGCUUACGUUACUCGAAGUAGAGGCGGAUUACAAGCAACGGGUGACGGGUAACGGAUACGGGAGCGUGAUAAAUUAGGAGGUAUCGUUCUCUUGGCGGCCCAUCACGUGUAUGUGUAUAUAUGCGACUCCUCUCCCUUCUCUCGUUCCAUUCUCCUUCGCCGUUUUCCGUGUCUAGCCGGAGACUCUGUCCAACCUCUCCAACCCCCCAGGUAAACUCUCACAAAUACACCACCCCGAGACAGCGUUCUUCUUUUUCCCUCUCUUCCUUUCGCACAGGGAACAAAAAAAAGAGCAAGCUGCCUCCUCCUCCUCCUCCUCCUCGUACGCACACAAGCACUUACCUAGGUACCUCCUUCUCCGCGCCAUCUCAUCCUCCGCUCCCAACCCCCAUUCUCCAAAAG